AUGUUGGGAGGGCUCAUCGACUCCCUGACGGGGUCGUCGAAGCAGUCGCGGCUCAAGGGCACGGUGGUGCUCAUGCGCAAGAACGUCCUCGACCUCAACGACUUCGGCGCCACCGUCAUCGACGGCCUCGGCGAGUUCGUCGGCAAGGGCGUCACCUGCCAGCUCAUCAGCUCCACCGCCGUCGACCAAAACAACGGCAACCGUGGAAAGGUGGGCGCGGAGGCGAACCUGGAGCAGUGGCCGACGAGCAGCCUGCCGUCGCUGACGACGGGGGAGUCCAGGUUCGGCGUGACGUUCGACUGGGAGGUGGAGAAGCUGGGCGUACCGGGCGCCGUCAUCGUCAAGAACCACCACCGCAACGAGUUCUACCUCAAGACCAUCACCCUCGACAGCGUCCCCGGCCGCGCCGGCGCCGUCGUCUUCGUCGCCAACUCCUGGGUCUACCCCGCCGCCAAGUACCGAUACGACCGCGUGUUCUUCGCCAACGAUGCGUACCUGCCGAGCCAGAUGCCGGCGGCGCUCAAGCCCUACCGCGACGACGAGCUCCGCAACCUGCGCGGCGACGACCAGCAGGGCCCGUACCAGGAGCACGACCGCGUCUACCGCUACGACGUCUACAACGACCUCGGCGAGCCCGACUCCGGCAACCCCCGCCCCAUCCUCGGCGGCUCCCCCGACCGCCCCUACCCUCGCCGCGGCCGCACCGGCCGCAAGCCCACCACCAAGGACGCGGACUCGGAGAGCAGGCUGCCGCUGGUGCAGCAGAUCUACGUGCCGCGGGACGAGCGGUUCGGGCACCUGAAGAUGGCGGACUUCCUGGGCUACUCGAUCAGGGCGAUCGCCGAGGGGGUCGUGCCGGCGAUCCGCACGUACGUGGACACCACCCCCGGCGAGUUCGACUCGUUCCAGGACAUCGUCAACCUCUACGAGGGCUGCCUCCGGCUGCCGGACGUCCCGGCGCUGCAGGAGCUCCGCAAGCGCUUCCCGCUCCAGCUCAUCAAGGACCUCCUCCCGGCCUCCGGCGACUACAUCCUCAAGCUGCCCAUGCCGCACAUCAUCAAACAGGACAAGCAGGCGUGGAGGACCGACGAGGAGUUCGCGCGGGAGGUGCUCGCCGGCUUGAACCCCAUGAUGAUCACGCGUCUCACGGAGUUCCCUCCGAAAAGUACUUUGGAUCCUAGCAAGUUCGGCGACCACACCAGCACGAUCACGGCGGCGCACAUCGAGAACAGUCUCGAGGGUCUCACCGUGCAACAGGCGCUGGACAGCAACCGGCUGUACAUUCUCGACCACCACGACCGGUUCAUGCCGUUCCUGAUCGACGUCAACAACCUGGAGGGCAACUUCAUCUACGCGACCCGGACGCUCUUCUUCCUGCGAGGCGACGGCACGCUGGCGCCGCUGGCCAUCGAGCUGAGCGAGCCCCUGAUCCAGGGCGGCGUGACCGCCGCCAAGAGCACGGUGUACACGCCGGCGUCGACCGGCGUCGAGGCCUGGGUCUGGCAGCUCGCCAAGGCCUACGUCGCCGUCAACGACUCCGGCUGGCAUCAGCUGAUCAGCCACUGGCUGAACACGCACGCGGUGAUGGAGCCGUUCGUGAUCGCGACGAACCGGCAGCUCAGCGUGACGCACCCGGUGCACAAGCUGCUGAGCCCGCACUACCGCGACACGAUGACCAUCAACGCCCUCGCGCGGCAGACGCUCAUCAACGCCGGCGGCAUCUUCGAGAUGACCGUCUUCCCCGGCAAGUACGCGCUCUGGAUGUCCUCCAUGGUGUACAAGAACUGGAACUUCACCGAGCAAGCCCUUCCCAACGAUCUCAUCAAGAGGGGCGUGGCGGUGGAGGACGCGACGAGCCCGUACAAGGUGCGGCUGCUGAUCGAGGACUACCCGUACGCGGUGGACGGGCUGGAGAUCUGGCACGCGAUCGAGCAGUGGGUGGGCGAGUACCUGGCCAUCUACUACCCCGACGACGGCGUGCUCCGCGGGGACGCGGAGCUGCAGGCGUGGUGGACGGAGGUGCGGGAGGUCGGGCACGGCGACCUCAGGGACGCGGCGUGGUGGCCCAGGAUGCAGUCCGUGUCGGAGCUCCGCGACGCGUGCGCCACCAUCAUCUGGACCGCGUCGGCGCUGCACGCGGCGGUCAACUUCGGGCAGUACCCGUACGCGGGGUACCUCCCGAACCGGCCGACGGUGAGCCGGCGGCGCAUGCCGGAGCCCGGCACGGAGGCGUACGCGGAGCUGGGGCGCGACCCGGAGCGGGCGUUCAUCCGCACCGUCACCAGCCAGCUCCAGACCAUCAUCGGCAUCUCGCUGAUCGAGGUCCUGUCGAAGCACUCCUCCGACGAGGUGUACCUCGGGCAGCGCGACACGCCGGCGUGGACGUCGGACCCCAAGGCGCUGGAGGCGUUCCGGCGGUUCAGCAGCCGGCUGGUGGAGAUCGAGGGCAGGGUGGUGGGCAAGAACGGCGACCCGGGGCUCAAGAACCGCAACGGCCCGGCCAAGCUCCCCUACAUGCUGCUCUACCCCAACACCUCCGACGUCAGCGGCGCCGCCGCCGGCAUCACCGCCAAGGGCAUCCCGAACAGCAUCUCCAUCUGAGCUGAGCCUGCCCGCCCAGCCACACGAACCAAUACGAACGCAGUUACGCUACGGCUACGAAUAAGCGUCGAUCGUUGCAGCAAUUAUAUUCAAGCGACCGCAUGCAUGCAAAGUUCUGACUGGUCGCUCGAUCACUGGAUCAAACUGUGAGCAUUGUGAGGUGCUAUAUACAUAUACUAUUAUAUGGAUAAAACUCGCAUAUUCCAAAUUGAAGCUGAUUCUCGCCAUGUUUAUAUGU